GGCCAGUCAGCGGAGGGGGCGGCGCCCCGUGGCGGCGGAGGAUAACGGGUCGCCGGGGCAGAGAGAGCGCAAGAGGCGGGCGGGGGCUUUGUUGGCGCUGGUUUCCUCCUCCGUCGGCCUCGGCGAGCAGGAGCUGCGGGGAUGGGAUGGGGCCCUCGAGACGCCCCCGAACGGGCAGCCCGACGGGGGCAUGCGCCUCGCUCUCCGCCGCGGGAGCCGUGAAAGGGAAGCCGCGCAGGCUGGGUCCGCUGCACCCCCAUGGAUAUUGACCUGGACUACGAGCGCCCCAACGUCGAGACCAUCAAGUGCGUCGUGGUCGGGGACAACGCGGUGGGCAAGACCCGCCUCAUCUGCGCGCGGGCCUGCAAUGCCACCCUCACCCAGUACCAGCUGCUGGCCACCCACGUGCCCACCGUCUGGGCCAUUGACCAGUACCGCGUCUGCCAGGAGGUGCUGGAGCGUUCGCGGGACGUGGUGGACGAGGUCAGCAUCUCCCUGCGGCUCUGGGACACCUUCGGAGACCACCACAAAGACCGGCGCUUCGCAUAUGGCAGGUCAGAUGUGGUUGUGCUCUGCUUCUCCCUGGCCAACCCCAACUCACUGCGGCACGUGAAGAGCAUGUGGUACGCAGAAAUCAAGCACUUCUGCCCACGCACCCCCAUCGUGCUGGUGGGCUGUCAGCUGGACCUGCGCUAUGCAGACCUCGAAGCUGUGAACCGCGCCCGCCGGCCCCUGGCCAAGCCUAUUAAGCCAUCAGACAUCCUCCCACCAGAGUGUGGGCACGAGGUGGCCAAGGAGCUGGGUAUCCCCUACUACGAGACCAGUGUGGUGGCCCAGUUUGGCAUUAAGGACGUGUUUGACAAUGCCAUCCGGGCUGCCCUCAUCUCGCGACGCCACUUGCAGUUCUGGAAAUCGCACCUCAAGAAGAUGCAGCGGCCCCUGCUGCAGGCACCCUUCCUGCCCCCGAAGCCACCCCCGCCUCUCAUCCACAUCCCAGCGCCAGCCGCCGGGGAAGGGCGGGGCCCAAACACCCUCUUCCACGAGCCCCUUUGCGCCGACGUGGUCUUCCACCUGCAGGGCGGCCGCCUUGUCUUCGCCCAUCAGGUCUACUUGGCCACGUCUUGCUCCAAAUUCUAUGACCUCUUCACUCUCGACUUGGCAGGGGAGGCUGCAAGUGCCAAGGGGCCGGCCGGCCGGACGAAGAGCUUGGAUGCUGCUGAGGGGGGCUCCUUGGGUGCCGCAGUGGCAGCAACGGUGGCUUCUCUCCGGGCCUCACAGAGCGACGACCUGCUGCGCUUGGCCCAGCUGCCUCGGGCGCUGGCUGGUUGGGGCCGUGGUUUUGUCAGCAUGUGCCAGGAGGCAGUGCACGACCCCAUCACGCAGCGCAAGAAGCCCAUGACAGCCGUGUACAUGGAUGGCCUUGUGCAGCUGGGCCCUUUCCGGGUGGUGCUGGAAUACUUGUAUACGGGGCGCCUGGAGCAGCAUCGGACUGACCUGAUGCAAGUGGCUGCAAUUGCGGAGCUGCUGGAAGUGUUUGACUUGCGCAUGAUGGUUGCCAACAUCCUCAACAAGGAGAGUUUCAUGAACCGGGAGAUCACCAAGGCCUUCCACGUGCGCCGUGCCAACCGGAUCAAGGAGUGUCUGAGCAAGGGCACCUUUGCAGACGUUGUCUUUGUGGUUGACGAUGGGUCAGUGCCGGCCCACAAGCCUUUGCUCCUUGCCGGUUGCGACUUCAUGGUGUCCAUGUUUGGCAGCACCUUCCGGGAGAGCUGCGCUGGUGAGGUUUCCCUGCCAGGCACCAACCGUGCCUGCCUCCGUGCCGUCCUCGAGUUCCUCUACACAGGGCUCUUUGUCCCUGCCCCAGACCUGGAUGCUAUGGAGCUGCUGGUGCUGGCCAACCGCCUUUGCUUGACCCGCUUGCAGGCCCUGACCGAGCAGUACGCAGUGGAUGAACUGGUUCAUGCCAGCCUGCAGCAGGUGGAAAUAGAUGCCCAGGUCAUCCUCUACCUGGAGAUGACACAGUUCCAUAAUGCCCACCAGUUGGCUGCUUGGUGCCUUCACUAUCUCUGCACCAACUACAACAGUGUCUGCCGCCGCUUUCCCCGUGAGAUGAAGUGCAUGUCUCCAGAGAAUCAGGCCCACUUUGAGCGUCACCGGUGGCCCCCGGUGUGGUACCUGAAAGAGGAGGACCGCUACUUGCGCUUGCAGAAGGAGCGUGUGCUGGAGGAGGAGUUGCUCCGCAAGCAGCAUCCCCGCAGCAAGUGGUGCUUCUGGCGGCCCCACCACGCCAGCCACAUCUCCUGAGCACCUGGCCUCAGGUGCUCCCACCCGCCAAGGGAAGAGAGAGGGAGUGCAUCACAGCUGCCUUGCCCUUCUUGCCUGCGCCGGUGAGGAGGCCGGCCCGUUGCCUCCUCAGCUGGGUGUGAGGGGAGGGCUCCGGCCUUGUUUACAGUCCCCCGCCUGCCCGCCUUCCUUCCUGCCUGCCUGCCAGCCAGCCCUGUGCCUCUUGCCAUUGCUGCCAUGCCUUCCCUGGGUGUUUACGCCCCUGCCCUGCUGCUUAUUAGCUGGGCUGGGUGCCCAGUCAGCAGGUGCGCCCCAGGCUGGCUGUUUCUCUAGUCGCUACCUCUGACCUUUGCAGUAUUCUGCGGCCAAUGGGGAGGAUCACUACACAGCUUGAGUGGCCAGAAGUGGGUUGUGCAGGUAAGGGAGGGAAACCAUGGCUGUGGAGAGGCUCUGGCUGUCUCUAGCAGGUUUUCCAGCUGGGCUGCUCCAAGGGCCUGGUGGGUCUGGUCAAGCCACCCUGUUUGGGCUGGCUGGAAGUGGAUUGGUGGUGCAGUAUGAAUCACUGAGCCAUGUGACUGUAGGUUGAGAGGGAGAAGGGGAUGGUGCGUGAGUGGGGGGUUUGCAUUA